CCUGUAUUCGUUUACACCUAUGGUAUAAAUUCAAUGGUUGGAAUCGUAGUUUUUUCUGUGACACGUUAAGAGAGAAAAGAGAGUAAGAGAGAGAAAGAGAGAGAGAAAGAAAGAGAGAUUAAAGGAAAACUCAAUCUUUCUUUCCCAUAGAUAAACAGUUAGAAUGUGAAACAUUAAAUAUUAGUUCAAUUUCCUGAUAAAAUUUAUGAGAGUAAAAAAAUGUAUCCAAAGUGAAACCAAUCAACUUUUUCUCUCUCUCUCUUUUGUCCCUAAUCAUCUUUAACCAUCUUAAAUUGUUAAUUGUAUUGAAAAUUCAAUUAAUCACCUAAUUGAUUGUGUCUGUGUUUUCACCUUUAAUUGUUCAAAUUUAAUCUCACCAUCAAUCACAAAACCUGUUAACCGUUCACCUCUUAUGGUUAUCACAUGGACAAUGUUUUCCUUUGGCGUUUUUCUUGUUAUUGUUUAACUUUUUUGGACAUUUGCAACUGUUUCACUUUUCAAGGUUCAUCAUUUGGUUUGUUAAUUGUUACAUUUUAUCCUUGAUUACGGUAACAUGGAUUCGUUGGACCUGAGUAAUCUAUCGGCUGAAGAAUAUGAGAAAAUCAUGACUGUCAUGAAACGAGAUCAAAUGUUGAGGAAACAAGAGGAACAACGGAUUCUACCACUAAAAGUUGAGAUUAAUCGACUUCGUAAAAAAGGUGCAAUUAGACCAGGAAUUAAUUCCUCCGCUGUUUGCGGUCGAUGUUUAACCGAAUUAGGUUAUAUACUAAAUCGAGGUGCUUUUUGUCCCAUUUGUCGGAAAAAGGUUUGCAAAAGUUGUCGCUUUUUCGCUGACAAAGAAAAUCCGAUCGAUGGUCAUCAAUGGGUUUGCAUUGUUUGUAGUAAACAAAUGCAAUUUAAAGCAGUUUCUGGUGAAUGGAUGAAGGAAUUGACUCGUUCGGCCAGUGAGAAAAUCCGAUCACCAUCAACGAGCGUUUUUGCCACUGCCACUGAAAAUUUGGGUCGAUCACUUAAAUAUUCAUUUCGAUCAGGUUUCCUUAAACAAAAUAACAAUCAACAAAACGAGGGUGGCCUUUCAAUUAACAGUAAACUUGGUUCAAACAGUGAAUCUCAAUUAAAUUCACCUUCCCUUUCAAAUCAACAAUUAAAUAGUAGUGAUCAUUUUGUUGGCGUCGGUGGUGGCGGUGGACGUGUAGGUGGAAGCGUUAUUUGUCUUGAUCAAACAAGUAACCUUGCUGGUGACAAUAUCAGUAGUAAUUAUAGAAGAUUUUAUCGAAGUCGAGGUCAACUACCGCCUAAACUUCCGCCGACGGUAAAUACAACAAGUUGUGUCGGAGAUUCAGUUUCUAAAUCACCUCCAUCGGAUGGAAGUGGAAGUCAAGAGACAUCGCCAAAACCUCCGUUAAGUCCAGUAGUUAAAGCUUAUCAGGCUGCCGUUGAUCUUGUGGCCACUGAUACUAGUCGAACCAUGUUAAAUACUGCUCCUGGUGAGAGAAAAAUGGUUUAUCGUAAGGUGUCCAAUAGAUUGUUGGACAGUUCAUCGUCAGAAGAGGAGGAAGAAGAUGAUCUAAGGCCGUCAAGCCAUUCACGAGCUUCCAGUGAAUCAACACCUUCACCUCGAACGCCAAAUAGUUGUAAAAUUUUAAGCGGAAUUUCAGCUAACCAAGCAACUGCAUUUAAAUUUCCACCCCUUUCACCUGUGCCAAGUCGAUCAACACUUCGAACUGAAAAGCCACUUGAACGUAUUCCAAUGGAACAUCAAUCAUCUGAUGAAUUUUCCGCUACUCCACUUAGUUCAUUUCGGUCCAGAUCAACUUCAAGUGAAACACCAGAUGAGACCAGUACAAGCGGUGGUGGAGGCUCUAGUAGUGGCGGUGGUAGUAGUGGAUCAAAAGUAUUAACACCAGAAAAUGGAUCUCGAAAUCGUCGUAUUAGUCCGCUGCGAAAACAACGAGCCAUAGCUGAAGAGCUUCAAGCUGACCUGCCAGGGAAACUUGCCUUGUCGUGUCAAAUAAACACCAGUGGAAUUGAUUCAUCUCUUGUCGGUUUCACGGGAAACGAUUACUCAACGAUUAUCAAUCCAUCACCAAAUGUUGUACCUUCGAUGGGAAACAAUAACAACGCUGAAAAUUUGAUUCGCCGUGAUCAUAGUGGUGGUAUCGAUUCAGGAAUUGAGUGUGGUGGUGGAGGUGGAAAUCAUGGUAACAAUAGAAGUAGGAAAGGAUCAUCAUGGACAUCGUGGUAUCACAAGGAUAAACCUGCCACUUCAGAAAUGCCCACGGAAAUUUCAUCUCCCUCAUCGAUUGGAUCGAGUAAAAAAUCAUCAAAAGUAUCCACAGUUUCUGGAACACCAUUAGCGACAUAUUCACGAUUCAACCAAAUUCUGGCUAAUAAUAACUCACAUUGUAAUAGUACAACAAACACUGUUGGUGCCUCAAGUCGAUCUCCCGUUUUGACCUCAUCUCAACCUUCAGUUUACAAUAUUGAAAGAUCACUAGUUAACAGUGGAGAAGCCGAAGAUGACAGUGAAUCCGAGGCAACGGUGGAAAAUACAACCGGGGUGGUUUUCCGUAAGGUUACAAUUAAAAAACGCUUAUCACGAACCCAAUCCGAUAGAGGUUCACCUUCGCCAACAGGCUCAUCAACACCGCCACCACCAUCACCACUCACUGGCACUUCUGUCACACCUCGAAGUCCAUUGAUAUCUCCAAGAUCGAACACUAAUUCACCUGAUUUACAACAAAAUCGACAACAACAUCAACCACGUUACACACAAUCACCUUGUUGUUCACCUGUUCCCUUAAUGGAAUCGUCGACAAUCAGCCCAACAAUUAACUCACCAUUAAAUCAGAAUAAAAGUAAUUCAAUUAAUCGUUCACUGACCGAUGAUCCUUGUCGACGAGCCAAUGGAGCCAUUGGCACUUAUGUUAAAUCACAUUCAGCUGUUAAUCCAAAGGAUAAUCGCAAUCAAAGCGACUCAUCACAAUUCAAUCAUCGUAUUAAAAAAUUAGUCAAUAAUCAAUUUGUAAAUUGUAAACAUAAUCAACCAACUAGGAAACAAUCAAAUCAACAUAAUAAUAAUAAUAAUCAGUAUAAUAGGAAGGAUGUUGACGAUGAAAGUAAUAAUUUAACAAUCAAUGGACCUCGUAGAUAUACCAAAAGUGACCGCCGUUCAUCAGGGAUGAACGGGCUCAGGCCGAACCAUCAAUCGAAUAGGAGUCAAGCGAAUGACAAAUAUUUUCAAUAUCGAUUAAGUUCACUUCCAACAACUACAGUUGGCGCCACAACUUCGACCUCUCCUCGCGAUGGGUACGUUUAUCAUCCUUCAUCAUAUCGAUCAUCUUCUUAUGGUGACCAUCAAGGUAGCAAUUAUCAUCCUUAUCAUCCUCAAUCAAUGAACCAUCUACAUCAUCGUUUGAAAGGCCUUUCACUGGAUAGUCAUGCGUUUGUCCGUCGUAAUAUUGCCCGUUUGGGCUCGUAUGGGUCACCAGCUAAGCGACGUAUAGUUAAGUUAACCAAGAAACUACGUCGAGGUUUACUUUUCAUUGCUUCUCGUUUGAAAGGACGACAUCGAAAGGGUAAAUCAACAUUAUCUGGUUACGAAUCAACUGAUUAUGAUCAGGUCACCUUGGAAAGAUACAAUUGCUCCUGGUUGGCUCGAAGUGUCUCUUUACCGAAUCACAGUGACCCUAACCGGACAUUAGCUCAAAUUAGUCAAAAUGAUUCCUGGAAAUAUGGAUCCAUUGACCAGCGUCUAUGGCAAUUGGAGUGUGAAGAUGAAUACAAUGAAGAUGAGAUUGAUGAUGAUUACAGUGAAAGUAAUUAUAAACACGUAAUCAAAUCAAGAAAAUCUUCCAUCGGCAGAGGUAAAAAUGAGCUUAGCGACGAGGAAUAUGAGAUUGGCCUGAACGAUGAAGUUAUUUCAGGCGAAGGAAAAUAUCAAUUAGUUUUCAUGGAUCGAAAUACUUUGGGAACGAUUGAAUCAAGUUCCGAACAAAGUGACACUGAUGGUAAACAGAAUAAUCGUCGAUCUAUCAAAGGUAGACAACAAUCAAUUAAUCGUCCAAGAAUGUUAAGAGUACGAUCUCAUCUGGAAAUCGCCGAUGGUACAGCUUAUAUCGAGGAUUCGGACUGGGAGAUGUGCUCAGAUCCUGGAGAAUUACCGAUUUCAUCUUCAUCUUUAAGUGAAGCAAUUGGUUCUCAUUCAGUUACAAGUUUAUUCAAAAUAUAUCAACACGAUUCUUACACUAAUUGUUACGAUCAACAAACUAUUGGCUACACCAAUGAAGAUGCAAUCAAUGUGACCAAAACAAUCAAUGGUCAACGAUCAUAUUGUACAACAUUAUCCGAUCCUGGUAUCUCACUUGGACAUGAUGCUUUGUUAACUGUUGUUGAUUGUCCUGAAGAGUCAAUUGUUUAUAGCAAAGAUGACAACAAUCAAUGGUCAGAUGAUGAUUCUGAUUCAAUCUCAUCAUCACUCUUAUCCAGAUCGACCUCACCUUCAACACCAUCAACCUUAUCAACAACACGACAAACAAUAUCUUCCGGUGACUCUGGUCAUCAUCAACAAACAUCAUCAUCAUCAUCCUCAUCCUCCUCAUCAACAUCUCAUAAUUACACUUGUAUUGCUGUUAAUGGUAAACAACAUGGUUAUACUAAAUCAAUUGAUUGUGACGUUAAUUUUGGUAAUCAUGUUAAUCAUCAUCAAUCAACCAAUUGGGAGAGGAAUCGACGACUAGAUGAUCAGGUUACCAAUUGGAAUUUGGGAUUGACUCUGAUGACCAAUAUGAAUGAUGACCACGCUAUGGAUGCAAGUGAUGGUCAGAAAAAUGAAGAUGUCAAUGGAGAUACAAUUGACCGUAACAAUGGAAGGGAAAUUCAAUCGACCCAUAAGGAUCAAUCAUCUCCACCACCUAGUCGACCACCUCGGGCAAACCGACGAAGACAAUUAACCAAAUCAUCAAUAACCUCAACUCCCACUAACACCACUACGAUUUCAAGCUCUUCUAUUAAUAACUCUAAUAACAAUUAUUUUAAACACUCUAAUCAACUUGUCAAUCAAAACUCAUCAUCAGUUUUAUUUGAUUCUGUCAGAUUGUCAUCUAUAAAACCUUCAAUCACUGAUUUUCAUGAAACUUUGUAUAAUCUAAUUGUUGACAAACAUCAAUCAUUUUGGGAUAUAACCAAUGAAUCAGUUGUAAUCAAAAAUUUCACCUCAUUAACUAUCGGAAAUCAGGACAAUCAACUCACCAAUUACCAAAAGGAUUGGCUGAAAAUAGGAAUCAGUUCAUUAUCACAAAUUUUAAAUCAUAUCAACAUACAUGAUGAUUAUGAUGAGGAUAAAUAUGAUUCUUGGGUUAAUUGUGAUAAUCCUAAUUUAAGAAUCAAUUUGAAUGAGAGAUCAUUUCAAUUAACUGGAUUCCUGGAAAGUUCAACCAAUCAAAGUGACAAUUGGGAUUCACUUUCAUCCAACAAUGAAAGAACCGUUAACUUGACCGCUUGGUACAAACCCGAAUCCCGUUGUUACCCGUUUUAUGGUCACUUUUCAACUCUUCCUUUCUGUUUGGUCAAUAUUGAUGAUCCUAAUUCUGUUAACUAUCAUCAAAGUAAUCAUGGUGAUAAACAAUCAGAUCAACAGUAUCACCAUCAUCAGAUUUAUCACUUAAUCAAAUCAACUCAAUGGUUGGAUCAACAUGACCUAAGUAAACAUUGGUCCUACUUUAAUUUUCCACUCAGUUUAACAAUUAUCUCACCUUAUUGUUAUUAUAAUCAUCAAUCAAUCAAUUCAAAACUAUUCAGUAGAUUUGUUAACAAUAAGAUAAUUAGACAAAUUGAUUCACUUGAAAAAGUGAGUACUGUUGAUGAUUAUCUAGUGCGUCCUGUUAAUCAGGUUGAAUGUUGUUUAAUUUUUGAUUUAAUCAAAUUUAAUUGGUGUAAAACUGUUUGGACCCAAUUAACUGAAAUAGUAAGUGAAACUUACUUGAUGUUAAUGAUUAAACAUUUAUCAUCAUCCACCAACAAAUAUCAUCAUCUAACCUUUUCUCCCAUACAAUCAUCAUCAUCAUCCUUAUUAUUUUUGGACAAGAUCAAUUUAAUUUCUGUCAACCGUGAGAUUAACCAAGAUUUACAGUUAAUUGUUGAUAAUAAUGACGAAGUAAAUAUAAAUUGUCAACAAUCUGGAACGGAAACUGGUUUGAAUGACUUAAGGCAAAUUCAAUUGACAUCAACAGUAGAAACAACCUCGCCCUUACCUCCACCUUCAACAUUAUCUCCUCCUCCUUUAAUAUCUCCAUCAUCAUCAUCAUCAUCAUCAUCAUCUUUAAAUUGUCUUCCUCCUUUUAAUUCAUCAAAAUUGAAAAAAUCAUCACAAUCACAAUCAGAAACUAAAUCAACAUUAAAAGAUUUCAUUGAAAAUAGUGAAGCUGUUGUUUCAAUUGAUCAUGAUGACGAUGAUGAAAAUGAGGAUGAUGAUGAUGAUUGUGGUGGCAGCGGCUACAGGGAAAUAAUCAUCAGCCGCGGGAGCAGUUAUUCCAGUUGUAAAGAAGCCGUCAGACCUGAUGAUGAUAAGAGAGAGGAUGAUGAGAGAGCUGAAACAGCCCCAAUAAGAAACCAGUCAGAAGAGGAAAGUUACUUACGAAGUGAACUUGAAAAAAGUUGUAACGAUGAUCAGUUUGCUCGCAAUCAAUUCAUAGUAACAUCAUCAUCAUCAUCCCAAUCAUCUUCCACUUUAGCUAGUGAAUUAAUUAAAUCAACAACAACAACAUCACUAAUCAAAUCAACAAGUGAAAAAACCGUUUCUCCAUUAACACAAGAAGCAAUCACAAUAACAGGGGAAGGUGAACAAUUAAACAGUGAUUGUAAUUAUUAUAUCAAUGGAUUGAAAGGUGAAAUUGACCCAUCGAUUAUUGAUAAGAAUCAUGUUUCUUGUGGGUCACUAGUGAGGUCGCCUUUUAAUAUUAAUUGUGAUAAUCAAAGUAAACAAAUUAACUGUCAACCCAACAGCAGCAACAACAACAACAACCACCAACAACAUCAAUUGUUUUUAUUAACCUGUUUACCAAUUCAACCCACAGUAAAUGUUUAUAAUCAGUUAAACGUAAACAAAACCAACAACAACAGUUACGUUAACGGUAAAUACGCCAACCACAAUACGAGUAACAAUUUAAAUGCGUCCAAGUUAAUUUCACCAUCUUUUGAUUGUAUAACAUUGAACGAGGUUAAUUAUGAUUCCUUGGAUUCACGUUUAGCCACAAGUAAACACCAACACAAUCAACAACAACUACAACAAUUUAACCAAAUCAAUCUUACUGAUUGGACAACAACGAGUAAAACAACAACCAAAAUCAGUGAAACUGUUAAUGGUAACAAUUUAACUCACAUUAAUAACACAAGGGCGGAUAAAUUGAUUAACUUUUCCUCCUUAUUAUUACAAUUAUCAUCUCCAGUAACAACAAUAUUAUCAUCAUCACCAAGAGGAUUAUCAUUAACUCAUCAACAUCAUUUACCUAAUCAUCCAUUGAUUUUGUCCUUGUAUUUUCAACAUUUACACAAUUCAACAACAAUCGUUGAUAAUCAAAUUAAACAAAUUGUAAUACCAGGAUUUUUAUAUAACAAUAUUAUUAAUUAUUAUCAUGAUAAUAAUGGUGAAUUAGUCAAACCUUAUGAAAGUGAUUAUCUUAUUGAUAUUUUAACACCAACAGCAAAGUUAUUACAAUUAAAUUCAGUUUCAAAUUCCUCUCGUGUUGAUACAAUUGAUGAUGAAAAUGAUGAUUGUUUAUUAAUCAACAAUCAAGAUAAUCCACCGAGUUUUGUUAAAACAAGUAAUCAAAUUAACAGUGAAAAUAGUCAAUACUCAACACCAUCAACUCAACCAAUUAACUUACAAUCAUCCACCUUACAGUUAAUCAACAAACUUUCAGUUAUUAAAAGCAACAUUGGGUUACCAUCAACAUCAACACAAUCAGUUUCAACAAAUCAACAGUCAACAACAACAACAACAACAACAACAAUAGUUGACCAAUCAACAUUAUUAACCAAUUGUAAUUAUGAUUAUGAUGAUUAUUUAACUGGUGAAAAUAGUAACCACCUUAAUCAUAAUAAUUACAUGAAAAAGGACAUUGUAGUGGACAAGGAAACAACAAUGUCAUUGUAUAAAACAUCAAAUGGUCACAAAAAGUCAACCUCAUCUUCACCAUCAUCAACAUCAACUGGUUUACUUAAUAAUUUAACUCAUCAUCUACCAAGUGAUGAUGAGGAAGAUGAAGAUGAAGAAGAGUAUAUUGUAGAUGAUGAUGAAAUGGGUUCCACUUCAUCAGAUGAAUCAUUUCCACCCCCAGUGUUACCUGGUCAUUCAUUAGGUGGUAUUUAUGGUGGAUUUGGUGGUAAUGAUGGAGUAGGAGGAGGAGGAGGAGGAAGUGGUAGUACCAGUGGGAUGAUAAAUAAUAACUAUGGUAAUCCAUUGGCCUACUCCCUACACACCAUAAUUGAGGAAAGUUGUGAAGAAAGUGAAUCUGAAUCACUUUUAUCUCGAAUCUCUGACAAUACUGAUAAUGAGAAUGUUAAUCAUGAAAAUAACAAUAAUAAUGGUAAAAGUCAGAAUAAUAUGAAUGAUGUGUUGAUCCCACCUUCAUCUGAGUCAUCAACUAAUUCAUUAUCUACUCAUCAUAAUCAUCAUCUUAAUUAUUAUGAUGAUGAUCCUGGUGAUCCAGAAAAUUAUACUGCCUUUCAAAUUGGACACAAUGUAAUAACAACCAACGGUAAUAGUAGUGGUCAUCAUCAUCAUAGUCAGGGUGGUAAACGAUUGGGUAGUGGUCAUGUUUCAUUUUCUAAAGAUUUUCAACCCACCGGUGAUUUUAGUGAUGAAGAUGAUGAGGAGGUGGAUGAUGAAGGCUCAGAUAAUAUGUCGGAAACAUCUGAAACUCUUGCUGAUUUUGGUGAUGAGGAUGAUCUUGAUCCGAUUACUUUGGCCUCAUCUCGAUUGGAGAAAUAUUUUACUUCGGGUUUACUUGGAUCAGGAGCUUACGAUUAUCCUGAUGAUGUUGAAUUUCAGGAUGAUGAUGAUGAUGAUCCAAAUGAUUUAUAUAAUCAAGCCAAGAAAAUCAAUAACAAGGUUGAAAUUAAGGUGAACAAUAAAAAUGUCACCAAUCAACCGCAACAAUCUAGUGAUAAUCAAGAUAAUAUUUCUAAUGGAAUCUCAAUGGUAACAGAAGAGUCAAAUGUAAUUAAAUCAACAACGUCUUCAUCUUUAUCACCAACAACAAUUACAACAGCAUCUUCAUCGUCUUCAUCAUCAUCACCUCCACCACAAUCAACAGCAACAAUUACUGUUGAUACUCAAUUAAGUAAACCACCAACAGUAACAACAACAACAACAAUAAUCCAUCAUAAUAUCAAAUCAAAAGAGGAAGACAAUUUAAUUAAAGAGGAUGAUGGUGAUUAUUUCAAUACAAUCAAAUCGGUUCAACAUAAUGAUAGCUUUAAUUGUGAUCAUGUAAAAACUGAAAUUAAGGAAAGUGAAUCUAAAUUAACAACAACAACAACAACUUCAACCAAUAAGGAAACCAAUGAAAGCCAAAUUGUAAACAAAAUUGUUAUAAAUGAUGAUGAACAACAAUCAAAACAGCAAUUGGCUAAUCAUUUGCCAUCAAAUAAUAUCAAUAAUCAGCCAACAAUUGACAGUAGUUUAUCAAAUUUACAAGCAAAGAGGAAGAAAGAAGUAACAACAAUUAUGUCAAUUAUUAAUUCAGAUAAUUGUAAUAAUGAUGAUGGUGAUAAUACUAAUCACCAAAAGGAUAAUGUUAAUCACCAUCAAUCACCUGUUUCAUCAAACGUUGAUUCAGUUGUGAGUAGGAAAACUGUUCAGUCUGUUACAAGGUCAAUACAAGUCAAACCACAAGCACCUCAACCACCAACUAAUCAAGUUAAUAGUUUAAUUAAUUCAGAGAAAAUUAAAUCAUCCUCAUCAUCUUCAUCAUCUAACGUUGCCAUUAGUACCAAAUCUUCAAAUUCCCGAACGGAAUUGAAUCCAUUAUUUUCAUCGUCAACAAAAUCUAAUCAAUCAGAUGAGAGGAUUAACUUAAUUUCAUCAGUGAGAAAGGAAUCAAACUCAUCAACAUCGUCAUCAUCAACAACAACAACGACAACAAUUAGUAAACCAUCAGUGGAAACUACGAUUCGAUUUGGACCAUCACCACAAUUGGUUCGAAGUUUAUUAGCAGCCAUGAAUUCAGGCCAUCAAAUGUCCCAUGUAACUAAGAGCAACGGUAAUAUUAAUUUCCUUAAUAAUGAUUAUCUUAAUGCUAAUGAUAACGUUAAUCAUGUUGAGAAAAGUAAUAAUAGUUUUAGUAUUAACAAUGAGAUGAGAAAAAUUAACAAUCAAAGUGUAAAGAUUAACAUUAGACAUGAAUCAGCAAAUGAUAAAAUGUAUUUGCAAGAUAAUAUUGAUCAGCUGAUUACCUCACCUAAAUUUGGAUUAGCAUCAUCAUCGUCAUCGUCAUCAUCAUUAACUAAAAAAAGUUUAACAAUAUCAACUGAUAAUGAGCAAUCCAAAUUAACUAAAUGGAAACAUAUUGUUGAUGAUUUAUGUUCAACAAGAGAAUCGGCAGUUACAUUGUCAUUGAUUAACAAUGAUUAUUCAAGUGAUAAUGAUAUUAUUUAUGAUGCUAAUUUGAUUAACAAUCAAAGUUUUGUUGGUGAUCAACAAGAUAGUGUUUUAUUUAACAACUUGAAUGUAAAUGAACUAGAAACGUUUCAUGAGAUUGAUGGUGAUGUUAAUCACAAGAAGAGGAUAAAGUUGCUUUCCAAGUGUAACUUUUUACUAUCUCCAAAUGAUUCAAGAUCUAAAACAAAAAUAUUACUCAAUUCUGAUUCAAUACCAACAACAUCAACAUCAACAGCAGCAGCAACAACAACAACACGAUCAACAAGUUAUGAUGAGGAUGAAAAUGAUUCGGAUGAUACAACAACAACAGCACCAACAGAGUGUAAAAUAUCACAUGAAAUGGAUGAAAUAUUUGGUGAGUUUGUUGAACCAAAGAUCAAUGAUUACCAAAUGGAAAACAAGAAAAUGAUGAUGAUGAUAAAUAACAAUGAAACCAUAGAGAAGAAGAGGGAAGAUGAUGAUAAGAGGGAGAGGAAAGUGAUUUCAAAAAAUCACAACAAUACAACAAAUUCUGAUAUCGGAGGUUAUUCAGCUGAGAAUGACAGUGACUUUGGAACACGUAGUCUCAUGUUUACCUAUUCAAAUACACGUGAACCUGAUGGUGAUCAGGUGAAGGUGGAUGAAGAUGAAGAUGAAGAUGAAGAUACUGUUAAUGAGAGGCAACUGUUAUUAAACCGGUUGAGGCCGUUUGCCGAUGAUGAUUAUGAUGAAUUUACGUUAAUUAAUGUGAGCACGAACACGAUUCAUGAGUUGGUUGAAAAUCAUGAUACUAAUCAAGAAGAGAGGAGGAAAAAACAACAACAAGAUGAGUCAAACAAUUACCAUAAUCAAAGAUCAUCAGUUGAAACAAUCAAAUUUGAUUCAAUUUAUAAUGAUAAUAAUAAUAUAAGUAAAAGUAAUCAUGAUAAUUUAAAUCAAACAAUAACCUCGAAAGGUCAUAAAACAAUACUUAAAAUAGAUUCUCAGGAUUCAGGUGAUUUUCAUGUAAAUAAUGUCUCCCUGAUGGAUAACAAUGUUUCAUCAUCAUUAAUCCAGUCCAAUGAAAUAAUUAGCCGACAAAUUGUGAUCCCUUCAACUAAUCAAACUUUCACAAUUGAUGAUGAUUAUAAUGGUGUUAACGAUAACCUGAACAUUAUCAAGCAAAACAACAACAACAACAACAAUCAAAGUAAUAGUGAUAAUGAGAAACCACUGAAAAGUUCAUGGGAAACUCAGGAUUCAUUGUUAACCACCAAGGUGCCAUUAAAAAGUUUAUCUGAAUCUCAUGGUGAUGAUGAAAUAAGUUUCAUUGGUGAAAACAAUGAAUCCAGAAAGAUUAACUCAAGUUCAUCAUCAUUUCAAUCAUCAACCAUAAUCAUCAAUCAAAAUAAAUCCAAUUCAACCGAGAAUGUCAAUAAUAUCUUUGAUUAUCAGUUUGAUUAUUGUUAUCAUCCAACAUCAUCUUCAUCAUUAAAGAUAAUUGAUGAAAAUGAAAAUGAUAAUUGUGAUGAUAAUUUUCACCAUCAACAACAACAACAACAACAAUCAGUGAUGAGAAAACUAUCCGAUGGGAAAACAGCAUCAAUGUCAGAACCAUUUUCAUCUUCAUCCUCAUCUUCAUCAAAUAAACCAUUAAUUAGACCAAAUUUAAUGGACUCAGCUGAUUAUCAUGAUGAUGAUACAGUUAAACAACAAUCGUUGACAUCAUCAUCAUGCCGACAUGAUACCUGGAAGGGACAAACAUUAAACUCUAACAAGGGCAAAUUUUCAAUUGAGAUCAACAGUAAGACUAAUUCAUUGCCCUCAAAUUAUCAUCAUCAUCAUAAUCAACAAGCAGAUCAUCUUAAUCCUCAAUUUCACCCUCAUCGUUAUCAUCACACUUUCAGUAGACUGAAAAUCCCACUCGGUGUGAUGAAAAAAUUAUCCUCACUACGAGAUGAAAAAUCAUCAACCAGGCGAUUGAUCACAAAUCGACGUAAAUUAAUUGGCGGAAGUGAACCUUGUCCAUCCAAUGAGUCCACAUCAGCGGUUCCUCAUAUUUCCGUUUCAGAUUAUUCAGAGAGUUUUUCCCACCGAGGAUCCAUCGGAAGCUCAGGAGGAGACGAUAUUUUCACCUCAACCGAAGACGAUGUUGACAAAGCUUUCGCUUACCAUAAUCGUAGUCAGACAAGUUUAUCAUCAUUUGGGGCUCGAAGUGAAAGUUUAUCAAGCGUUUACAGUGCAGCGGGAGGUGGACGUUAUGGAACCGUGACCAUUUCCGGUGAAAUACUUUUCUCAUUAGUUUAUAAACAAUCGGAAAGUUCACUCGAACUGUACAUUAAAGAGUGUCGAAACUUAGCUCCGGUUGAUAGUAAACGAAACAGAUCAGAUCCUUAUGUUAAAUUGUACUUGUUACCUGAUCGUUCAAAAAGCGGUAAACGCAAGACUAAAGUAAAAAAACACACUUUGAACCCGAUUUUCGAUGAGAAUUUAAAAUUUUAUCUUCCCGUUAAUCAAUUGGAUGGACGAACCUUAUGGAUCUCAGUUUGGCAUAGCGACAUUUUCGGACGUAACGAUUUCCUUGGUGAGGUCACUUUACCUUUGACGAAGGACAUUUUAAGAAACUCGGGAUUAAGAUGGUAUCCACUUCAGGAGAGAAUUGAUCAAAUUGAAUCAAAUCCAGUUAAUUAUAAAGGAGGCAUUUUCAUUGCGCUCAAAUUUGUCCCAACCGGAGCAAACAAGGGACCCGGUAAACCGAUCGGUGUACCCGGUAAAUUGUUGGUGAUGGUUAAAGAAGCUCACAAUUUAAUGCCAACCCGAUCAAACGGAACCUCUGAUCCUUUUGUUAAAUGUUACCUUCUUCCAGAUAAAACUAAGAAAUUAAAGACUCCGGUAAUCAAGAAGACUGUUAAUCCUCGUUGGAAUCACACCUUUGAAGUAUCGGAUAUAACGACUAACGAUUUACAAACUCGAUGCCUCGAAUUAACAAUUUGGGAUUAUGAUAAAUUAACUUCUAAUGAUUUUCUCGGAGGAGUGAGAUUAAGUUUAGGACAAGGUAUUUAUGAAGGAAAGCCGGUUGAUUGGCUCGACUCAACGGAACAGGAAACUACCCUUUGGAAACAAUUACUGGACAAAACUGACCUCUGGGUCUAUGGCGAGUUACCAUUAAGAACGAGUUUACAAUCAAGAACCUCAUUUGGUAGAUGAUGUUGAUCAAUACGAUUAAUUAGACGCAAUUUAAAGGACCAAUAAUUAAGACUAUCGAUUAGGUUUUAUGCAAAGAUGAUGAAUUACGAUGAUAAUUAAAACAAACACACAAUUAACUCCAAUUAAAACAAUUAUUGUUCAUAGUCAACAUUUUACACGAAAAAAAAAACAAUUUUUAUCCAAUCUUAAUGAUCAUCAAUCAGAAUUUAAUUUAAUUGUUAUCCUAAUUGUUAUCAAUAUAUAAAUAUGAAUAAGAACCUUAAAUUUAUACAUAUUAUUUAUUUAUCUCCAUAAAUAAGUGUAAAUUGUGUUAUUAAUUAGUGACUAAACUUAAAUUGUGUUUAUUUCAAUCACUUUUUUUCAUUAAUUUUUUUCUCUCUCUCUUCCAAACAAUUAGAUUUAAUUGUUCACAAUUUUCAUUUCUAAUCACUUGUUUUCACUUGUUACUAAGUAUUAUUAUAAUAUUGUGUUCAGUUAAUUGUUAUCGAUAAGUGAUUCAAAUGGAAACAAAAAGACAACAAUUUAUUGGAAAAAUUAUCAUUCAGAUUAAUUGUUAAUAUUUGUCAAUACAAAGUUAAUUGUUGAUUUGGUUUGAUUCUGAUCAUUAAAAUUGGUUCAUUUCUCUAAUAUAAAUAUACAUAUAAAAUUUACUAUUUUGUUAAUUAUAAUCUGUGAAUAAUUUGUUGUCCAAUUUAUGUAAUAAUUAAAAGUUUUGACGUUCAUCAGAAUAACUAAUUGCAAUUAAAUUACAAAAAUCUCAUCAUUCAUUGAGUGAA